ACCCCGCAGGAGGAGGACCAUCCUAACAUAGCUAAGCUAGGCUGCACACUUGCGCCCAGCAGCAGCAGUUCGUCCCCAGCUAGCUACAAAGAAUCUUUCGCGGAUCGGUCGAUCGGUCUGUCCGAACGAUCGGAUCCCGGUCAGUUAAUUCAGACCUGCAGUGCAGCGGCAACAUCUGCAAGCAAGGGUCGUCCAAUUUGAAGCAAGUUGUGAGCUAGUCUGGUUCGCCGGCCGGUGGCAGCGUCAUGGACGGCUUCGGCUGGAGCACGCAGCAAACGCCUCCUGGCGCGGCGAGCUGCCCGAAAGACGAUGCCCUCCUAGCCGCCUUCUUAGGCGGCGCCAGCACCACCUUCGAGCUCCUCCACUCUGCCGCCGCUGGCAUCUCUGACGACGCUUACGGCCACGAACUGCCGCCCUCGUGUCAGGACGACGAUAUUCUCAGGCGCCUCCUUCGCUGCCGCGACAGCGUGAACUCCCCGCUUCCCUCUGCCGUUGACGUCCCGUCAAAAGCCGCUAUCUUGCACAACUCGGCGGGUUCGCUCCGGGCGCCGGCCCCGCCCAUCGGCCAGCACGACAGCAGCUUCGCCUUCUUCCCCAACGCCGGCGACGCCUUCUCCGGCCACAGCACGGCCACCGGCAACAUCUCCUCCGGAGAUUCCAACACGCACGACGCCGAGGUGGCCUCGCCGCCGUGCAUCGUGCCGGCGACGAGGACGACGACAGGCACGGAGGCGAUGGCGCAGGCGAAGCAGGAGGCGAUCAUCUACCGCGCGGCGGCGGCGGCGUAUUCUUCUUCCCCGGCGGCGGCGGCGGGGGCGGAUCCUCCCCUGGGGCCGCGGCGGCGGCGGAGGAACGUGCGGAUCUCGAGCGAGCCGCAGACGGUGGCGGCGCGGCUGCGGCGGGAGAAGGUGAGCGAGCGGCUGCGGGCGCUGCGGAGGCUGGUGCCGGGCGGCGGGUCGGGGAAGAUGGACACGGCCUCCAUGCUCCACCAGGCCGCCUGCUACCUCAGCUUCCUCAAGGCGCAGCUCGCCAGGUUCCAGGCCAUGGCCGCCGCCGAUGGCCGGGCUUCUUAUUCGUCGAAUUCGUCGUCGAUGCAGCGUUACGAUAAUCCUCCCGAAUCUCUUGGUGGCGGCAAUAUUGGCAAUGGCGGCGCCGUGCUUUCGUUCAGGAGAGAUGAUAGCGUCGAUGGUUACGUGAGAGGCAAUAAUUGGAACAUGCAGUCGUUGUAGCACGCAGCAGUCACGCACGGUUUGCGUAUUUGGUAGUGUGUACCAUGUCAUUCUUAUGAUCGAUCACAAAGUGUUUCAUCUUUGCUCUGUUGUUGAGCGGAAUCAAUAAUACUCCUAGUACGUGCAAUUUCUGAA